AAAUUGAAAACCUUAUGCAACGGACAUAGCCGGUAAAAGCAAUGAUGUCUGCCCAACAUCACCGCUCCUCAUCUUCCUCUCUCCCUUCUUGCUUCCGCGUGGCUGCCACCACCAACACCCUCCAUGAUUCCCUCCCGCCGCCACUCCCGGGCAAGCCAAAUCUCACCACAUGCCUCUACCAUACCCACCUAGGUCUCUUCUCCCUCACCUGGUCCAGCACCUUCCUUGGCCACUCCUUCCACCUCAACCUCCACCCCUCCGCCCACUAUUCCUCCCCUCUGUCUCUGCCAAAUUCGCUUUCUUUUUCGCUUCUCUCUUUUCACCUCCACAUCAAGCCCUUCCUCUUCUGGAAAAAACAGGGGUCUAAAAAACUCACCGCCACCGCAGUACCUAAUGCAUAUAUCUUCUGGGAUCUAUCCAGGGCCAAAUUUGGAUCUGGGCCUGAACCGGAAUCUGGGUUCUACAUCGCUGUCGUCGUCAACGGGGAGAUGACGCUUCUAAUCGGGGAUUCUAGCAAGCAGGCUUAUUCCCGGACGAAAUCUCAGAAGCCGGAAAAAAACCAAGUUCUGCUCUUGAAAAGAGAGCACAUGUUUGGAAACAGGAUUUACUCUACGAGGGCGAAAUUCGGGGGGAAAAGCAGGGAGAUUUCCAUUGAUUGUAGGGUGAAUGAGGAUGCGAAGCUCUGUUUUAGCAUCGAUAACAAGAGGGUUUUGCAAAUUAAGCGACUGAAAUGGAAAUUCAGGGGAAAUGAGAAGAUUGAAGUAGAUGGGGUUCCGAUUCAGGUCUCCUGGGACGUACAUAACUGGUUGUUUGAUCAGAAAUUGAACGACGGGCAUGCCGUGUUCUUGUUCAAGUUCGAGAAUAGCAGCCCCGAUGAGCAAGAAGAAGAAGAAGAAGAUCGGAGUUUCGAUGAGAAAAAUAGCGUGGUUCUGUGGCAACAGUACUCGAGUAAUAUCGGUAUGAACCCAACAGAGUGGAAGAAGAUGAGGAGAAACAGCUUCUUGAGGUCGGCGAGGAGUUCGUCAUCGUCGUCAAUUUCGAUGUCGUCAGCAUCUUCAGGGUGCAGUUCCUCCGUGCUGGAGUGGGCCAGCGCGGAGGAGACCGAACUGAGCAGCCCCAACGGGUUCUCUCUGUUGGUCUACGCCUGGAAAAAGUAAACAACUUUCCACCGCUUCCAUGGAUGAAACCUGAAUCCUCUGUUUUCCGGUAAUGCUGUAAUUCUCUCACUAACCCAUUUGUUCUUGGACAUAGUAGAAUAAAAUCGCCAUAGAAGGAACAUGAAACCAUAGAAAGAGAUAGUUUUAUGUAUAGGUUAGAUCUAACCCAAUUCAGUUUUUGAACUUGCGUUACCUUUUUUCUUUGUAAUCGGAGUUGUUAGCAAUAGUAAUCAAAUCUUCCAUACAGAUUGUCAUAUUAAGAGAAGAAUCAAUUAAACUUCCAUUG